UUUCUUCACUCUCAAUCUCCUUCUUUGCAAACACAAAAUGGAGAAACCAUCCUCAAUGAAACAAUGGAAGAAGGGUCCUGCUCGUGGUAAAGGUGGUCCACAGAACGCUCUUUGUCGCUACCGUGGAGUCAGGCAAAGGACGUGGGGCAAAUGGGUUGCUGAGAUCAGAGAGCCCAAGAAGAGAGCAAGGCUCUGGCUUGGCUCUUUUGCUACAGCUGAAGAAGCAGCCAUGGCUUAUGAUGAAGCUGCUCUCAAACUAUACGGCCACGACGCUUAUCUCAACUUACCUCAUCUUCAGCGGAAACCAGGACCUCCUCUGAGCAACACUCAGAGGUUUAAAUGGGUACCUUCAAGGAAGUUUAUCUCUAUGUUUCCUUCUCGUGUCAUGCUUAAUGUGAAUGCUCAGCCUAGUGUUCACAUUAUCCAGCAAAGACUAGAAGAGCUCAAGAGAAACGGACUUCUAUCUCAAUCCUAUUCUUCUAGCUCUUCCUCUACAGAAUCGAAAACUAACACUAGCCUUCUUGAUGAAAAGACAAGCAAGGGAGCAACAGACAAGAUGUUGGAAGGUGAUGAUGAUGAUGAUCCGAAGAAACCAGAGAUCGACCUGAACGAGUUUCUUCAGCAGAUGGGAAUCAUGAAGGAUAAAAGUCAAGCAGAAGCAAGGGAAGUAGCAGAGUGUCAUUCAACUCCGCCCUGGAACGAGCAAGAAGAAUCUGGAAGUCCUUUCGAAGCUCAGAGUUUAUGCUGGGACACAAUGAUUGAGAUGCCAACAAGUGAAUCCUCAACUAUGCAGUUCGACUUCAGCAAUUUCGGAAGCUAUGAUUUUGAGGACGAUCUAGGUUUCCCUUCCAUCUGGAACUUCUGCGGAAGCUUAGAUUGAGUGAAAGCUACUUUACUGUAGAAUCAGAUUCAGAAGUACACAUAUGGAUUUAGGUUUAGCGUAGUGUUUUGGAAUAGUGUAACAUGAUAGCUGCAUGGGUAGAAAGGGAUAUGCUCAGAGUGCAGUCUGUGCAGCAAUAAAAUGAGUCAGUGUACUUCUGAAUAUGAACGAGUUCUGUUUUUGGGAUAUUAA